UUGAAUGUAGUGGUUACAUGCCACCAGAGUAUGCAUUGAAUGGGAUCUUCUCAGUAAAAUCUGAUGUAUUCAGCUUUGGGGUUUUAGUGUUAGAAAUCAUUAGCGGAAGGAGAAAUAAAGGGGUAUAUCUCUCUGCGGCCGAGGAAUAUCUCUUAGGAAAAGCAUGGACAUUGUGGAAAGAAGGUAAUAGCUUGCAACUAAUUGAUGCGUCAUUGGAUGCCUCAGUUUUUAUGACUGAAAUUCUAAGAUGCAUGAAAGUGGGGCUUCUUUGUGUCCAAGAGCAACCGGAGGAUAGACCGAUCAUGUCAUCCGUUGUUUUGAUGUUAGGCAGUGAUCAUGCUUUUCUGCCAGAGCCUAAACAACCAGGUUUUAUGGCAAGGCUAUCUCCUACAGGAAGUUCGUCUCCAGUGAAGGAAAGCUCUAGUAUAAACGAUCUAACACUAACUAUAUCUUUAGAUAGAUAAUUGUUAGUGUGUUUGUUACAUGGUUCUGUUAGUGGGCGAUACACGUAAACCCUUUUAGUGGUUAAUUAUGGUAUGACUUUUAUUCCAAUUUUUCUUGUCUUGUAUCAUUAUGGUAUGACAUUUAUUUCAAGGGGUGGAACAUCUAAUGAUUAAUUAUCUGCGUUUCUUUUCUCUGACAAUAAUAAACUCCUCUGUAUCAUUGUUGGUGUAGA